AUGGCGAAGAAUCGCCACAUCUGUGGCCGCAGUGUUGUGUUCGUGCCGUACAGAGAGUGUCACGUCGUUAAGUAUCACCAGUGGAUGAAAGAGCCGGCCCUCCAAUACUUGACCGGUUCCGAGCCCUUAACGCUGGCCGAAGAGUUCUCGAUGAUGUCCAGCUGGACAUCGGAUGUGAAUAAAUGCACAUUCAUUAUACUGGACAAAGAGCUGUAUCAGAGCUCAAGCGCUUCCAGUGAUGACGAGAAACAGGUCGAGUCAAUGAUUGGUGACAUUAAUAUAUACAUUGAUACCAAUGAGUCGACGGUAUUGAGCGCUGAGUUGGAGAUAAUGGUGGCCGAAGAGUGCCAUCGCGGUUGCGGUAAAGGCAAAGAAGCGGUGCGACUGAUGAUGAGGUUCGCCAAUGAGGUGAUUGGCGUUCAGAAGUUUGUGGUAAAGAUUAAGUAUAGCAAUGAGGGCUCACACGCCAUGUUCACUAGGUUUGGCUUUCGGGAAGUGUCCAGAAGUGAUGUCUUCGAAGAGAUCACAUAUGAAUUGGUUGCGGAUCAGCAAUGGGUUGACGGCAUCCGAAGUGACACUAAUUAUAUUCAAUAUGUUUUGCUAUAA